AUGUUUGGCGAGCAGUCUAUCAGUUCCAAUAAAAAUGUUUCACCGAAUUCAAAACCAAAAAUCACUGCAUCGGUAGCACCAUUAAAACAGGAAGCAGAUUUAUCUCAUCAAGAUGAAGCCGAGAGGUUCGGGAAAAACGACAAAAUGGAUAAAAGUGGAAUACCUGAUAUAUUUAAAUUGAGUGCAGGUGAGGCACGCAGUCGAUUGGUGAGUCGUAAGAAAGAUCCUCGACGUGACACUCAAAUGAGUUUGAAGGAGAAAUAUAAGCUAGUCUCCAACAUGUAA